CAUUACUUAAGCAAGGGCCGUGUGUUAUAGUGUAGCGAAAUGAAAACAUUCAGAGGAGAAUGAUAUAAAUGAUGUAGGACUUUUCGAUGAUCUUAUAGUCUACAACAACUGCCCAGACACACAGCCUGUUUAUACACAUCACAAGCUACGAUACCGAAAGAAAGAUGAGUUCUCUUGCUCAGGAUGAAGUCAAUGUUGACUUCCUGAUUGUUGGCGCCGGCCCGGCUGGGGCCUCACUCGCCUGCUUUAUGGCGCAGAAUGGUCUUAAAGGGCUGGUUAUUGCACGAGCUAGAGGCACCGCUAAUACACCAAGAGCUCAUGUUUUUAACCCCUUUGCGCUUGAGACUCUCCGUGAUAUCGGCCUCGAGGAAGAUGCCAAAGGCCAUGCCACUCAUGGCGAAGUGUUCCAGUCCUUCCGCUGGGUGCGGAGCAUGGUCGGCGAAGAGUACGGCAAGGUGCAAGCUUGGGGCGCCCAUCCAAAAAGCAUGGGGGACUUGGCUAGGGCUACUCCAUGUCAGUUUCUGGAUCUUCCCCAGUCGUAUCUAGAACCAAUCCUUGUUCGGUAUGCCUCCAACAACGGAUUUCAAUUCCGCUUCUCGACACAGCUAGUCAGCAUAGAUGAGAUCCCAGGGAGCACUGAUUCUCGCUGCGUUCUCCGUGAUCGCAUUUCCCAACAUGAGUACAAGGUCCGCGCGAAAUACGUCUUCGGCGCAGAUGGAUCGCGCAGCAAGGUCGCUGAAACGCUUGGGCUCAAGUACUUCGUCGAGCCACGGGCUGGUGUAGCUUGUAACAUCAUCUUCAGGGCAGAUAUUGGCCAUCUCAUCCCAAAGGAACGCUACGCAGGACUUCACUCCAUUAUACAGCCCGACAAUUUCCCUCGCAUGGUUCCAAUUCUACGAUUGAUCCGGCCGUGGAAUCAAUGGAUUUUCGUCUGUAACUUCCCCGAAGAAGACGGCCGCUUCAAGGAUCUCACACCGCAGAGUCCUGAGCUUAUCGAUCUUAUACAGAAAGCGAUCGGUGAUGAGUCAGUGAAGGUCGAGAUCGACAGGUUAGAUCCGUGGACCGUCAACGAGAGCGUGGCGGAGAAAUACUCUGUCGAGGGGAAAAACAUUUUCAUACUGGGUGAUGCGGCUCACCGGCACCCACCUGCUCACGCGAAUGGAAGCAACACCUGCGUUCAAGAUGCGUAUAACCUUGCUUGGAAAGUAGCCUAUGUCGCUAAGGGCCUGGCCGGUCCAGAGCUGUUAGACUCAUACAGCGUUGAACGACAACCCGCAGGCGCAACUCUUGUCCGAGAGGCAAACCAGCAACUCAAGGCUCACGCAGAUGUAUGGGAAGCCCUCGGUCAAUUUACCACAACCGCCGAAGAGGGAGCCCGACGACUGGCGGAACUAUAUGAGCCUACACUCGCAGGUGAUAAGCGCCGACAGAUACUUCACGAAACCUUAGAAGAGAAGCGGCGCGAAUGUGAGAACAUCGGUCUAAGCAUGAACCAAUGGUACACUUCGUCUGCGGUCUAUCUAGCCGACGAGACCGAAGCAAGACCCGCUCUAAAGGGCGAUCCUGUGGUAGACAUUCUAAUAAGCACAUAUCCCGGCAAUCGACUCCCGCAUGCCUGGCUAGAUAUCGGAAAACGACAGAAACUGAUAUCGACACACGACUUAGCCGGCCACGGCGCCUUCACACUAUUCAUUGGACAUAGGGGAGCCGCAUGGCGGGAAGCGGCGGCUAAAAUCGCAAAGGCGACCGGUAUACCCAUCAAGACAUACGCUAUUGGGCUCGGUCUUGACUAUAUCGACGUCUACCGCGACUGGUACAAGAGCAGAGAGGUAGAAGAAGACGGCUGCGUGCUCGUGCGUCCUGAUAGAUUCGUCGCAUGGCGGUCGAAGACGAUUGUUCCGAACUGCGAAGACAAGCUGCAACAAGUUUUGAACAGCGUGCUGUCAAGAGACGGUCUUCAGUCGUAAUAGAGCACUAUAUUAGAAGUAUAGAUACACACACACAG